AGGGCCGGCGGAAGCAGUGGCGGGCAAAAUCACGGCGAUGGGAAGUCCAGAGGGGGCUGGGCCCACGUUUCCGUGACGACGACACCGGGUGGGCGGUGACUUUGGGCGGCGGCAAGUCGCAAGUUGUCCGGGAACUUAGACCGGCGGGAGGACGAACGGAGCGCCAAACUUCCAUUGCUUCAUUCUGGCCGACGGGGGACUUCCCGCGCGGAGCCGCCCGCAGAAGUUUGCGGGACGGGCGGACGACGAGCAACGAACGAUCGCGGAGGAGGCGACGAAUACGCCGACGGCGACGACGACAACCAAGACGGCCUACAGCACCACCACUACGGCGGAUGAUACAGCCAACCACCGUCGUGAUGAAUUCUAAGCCCGAUGGACAGCAGUCCAAGUAUCAGCUGUCAAAGGAUACAGCUGGACUUCGUUCAACAGAUUUAUUACCUCAUAAUUUGUCCGGACAGGCACAAACCAGAGAGUUUCUUUUAAAAGUCGUUGAUAUCUUAGUAGAUUACAUUGAUGACGUUAAUGAUAGAAACGAAAAAGUAUUGCAUUUUAAGCACCCCGAAGAGAUGUUACGACUGCUACAAUUGGAUAUUCCCAACGAAGGUGUGCCAUUACAAAAUUUAAUCGACGAUUGCAGUCUAACACUCAAGCAUCAAGUAAAAACAGGACAUCCAAGAUUUUUCAACCAGCUUUCAUGCGGUCUAGACAUCGUGUCCAUGGCUGGCGAAUGGCUGACGGCGACGGCUAACACGAACAUGUUCACCUACGAAAUCGCUCCAGUAUUUAUUCUCAUGGAAAACGUGGUGUUAACCAAGAUGAGAGAAAUCAUUGGGUGGAAGACCGGCGACUCAAUUUUUGCUCCAGGUGGAUCAAUAUCGAAUAUGUACGCGUUUUUGGCCGCCCGUCAUAAAAUGUUCCCAGGAUACAAGGAACAAGGACUCCACUCGAUCAAAGGACAACUGGUCAUGUACACAUCAAACCAAUCGCAUUAUUCGGUUAAGAGUUGUGCAUCAGUAUGCGGACUAGGAACCGAAAAUUGUGUCGAAGUACCUAGCGACGAAAGGGGCCGCAUGAUACCUUCUGAGCUGGAGCGCCUCAUAUUGGAAAGAAAAUCCAAAGGCCACAUACCGUUUUUCGUCUCUGCCACUGCAGGCACGACUGUUCUUGGUGCAUUUGAUCCAAUCAACGACAUUGCGGACAUUUGCGAAAAAUAUAAGCUGUGGCUUCACAUUGAUGCUGCCUGGGGUGGAGGACUGCUUCUAUCUCGCAAGUACCGAUAUCCCCGUCUGGCUGGCAUCGAACGGGCUAACUCAGUGACUUGGAAUCCACACAAACUUAUGGGCACCCUACUCCAGUGCUCCACAAUACAUUUUCGAGAGAAUGGAAUUUUGAUCAGCUGCAACCAAAUGAGCGCGGAAUACUUAUUCAUGCAAGACAAACUGUACGACGUUCAAUACGACACAGGCGACAAAGUUAUACAGUGUGGUCGUCACAACGACGUGUUCAAGCUUUGGCUUCAAUGGCGCGCCAAGGGUACCGAAGGUUUCGAAAAACACAUGGAUCACUUGAUGGAACUCAGUGAAUAUAUGGUGGAGAAAAUUAAAGCAUCGCCAGACAAAUAUUAUUUACUCCUUGAACCGGAAAUGGUGAACGUCAGUUUUUGGUACGUUCCGAAGCGCUUGCGAAACAUUCCACAUUCUCCGAAACGAGCGGAAAGCCUUGGCAAGAUCACGCCUAUUCUGAAGGCCAAAAUGAUGGAAGCCGGCACGCUGAUGGUAGGGUAUCAGCCACUAAACGAGAUACCGAACUUUUUCCGGAACAUUAUAUCCAGCGCCGCGGUCACCAAGGAAGACGUUGACUUUUUGCUGUCCGAACUUGAUCGCUUGGGACAAGACCUCUAAAUCAGGAGGAAAAGAAACGAUUAAUGAUAAAUUUCGCUAGUCUCUAUAAUAUAUUUAGUUAUUUUAUUGUGUUAUGAUUUUGUAGACGCUAUGAUCACGAUUCCCGGUCAAUGGCUAUAUUCUUGCCACGCGCCGUCAAUAAUAAUAAUAAUAAUAAUAAGUAGCCUAUGCUGCGUUUAUAAUACAGAUAAUCGCAUAAUAAUUAAUAAUUUUUAAUUUUAAAUAUAUACCUAUAUAUUAUAAUAGGUGAUAAGCGUUAUUCCAAAUCUUCCUGAAUUAUUAUUAUUAUUGUUGAUGUUGUUAUUGUUGUUGUUGUUUAGUUGUAGAAAAAUAAAAUAUAUAGUGUGCAUAUUAUUAUAGAUACUGUAUAAUAUAUUAUAAUAUGCGUCGACCGUACGUUAUAUUAUAUUACAAAUUUACAAUAUUAUUUUUGCUUUUCAAACAUCGACUCUUCGUCGGUUGCGAGUAUUUAUUAUGUUCCUCUCCGUAUUUAAGACCCUCGGGUAUUUUUGUGAUAAUGGGAAUCCACCAAUAAUUUCCUUAAGGACGUGUAUUCUAACAACAGUAAUAAUAAUAGGCUGCUGAAAUUGGCCAUUUCUGUUCAACGAUCACACGCUAGUAUAAUAUCGUUUAAAAGUCUUAGAUAUAGAAUUCGUUUGAUUGUAUAGUUUUAUUCGAAUAAAUCCCACCCUUUAAAAUCAAGAGGAUUGGUAAUGUGUUAACUGUUUAAAUUUAUCCAGAGUUUUUAUUUUUAACCUACAACAAAUACCAACCUUCCGAUAACUUUACUGUUCCAUCGAUAACCGUUUGAUCGUAUAAUGGUAAUAAUAAAAUUUACCUAUCUAUCACGGUUUAAUACACUUUAUAUACUUAAUCACAUUAAGCGUGAACAACAUUCGAAACAGAAAAUUGGUGACAGUUUAAGUCAUGGGCGUAGAUAGGAAAUAUUUUCUGAGGGGGUUUUGGUCUAGAUAUACAUUAAAUUUAAUUCAUAAUAUAUAUUUUAAAAUUGUUUGACCUUUAAUUUCGGGGGGUAUUUGAACACUCAAAACACCCCCCUUACCUACGCCCAUGGUAAAGUAAUAUUAUUGAUUACGAUUUAUCUAAACUGUUGUACGUGAUUUUUUUCGGUUCGGGUGCGUUUACGUCUUAUAGACAGAUAUACAUUUUUGUUUGCAUGCUUUAAAAAACACCAUAAUAUAAAAAAUCAACAAAUGUUUGUACAUUUUUUAAUACACUUUUUUAUCUUUAGAUACACCAUUGUUUUUCUGCACUGUUUUAUUCGCACAUUUGCACAAGAGUUUUUCAUUCGCACUGUUGCACUUCAAAAUAUUAUGCACUUUUGUCUUUCACAAUUUAAACUUUAUUUACUUUUAUAAGCAUGUAUAUAUAAUACAUAUAAUAUAAUAAUAAUAUAAUUAUGGACGUCUAACUGAGUGGACACUACACGAAUGACACAAAGUCGUCGAAUUUUCUAAGUUUAAUAUUUAAUAUACUACUAUAUACAUAUAUGACUAUUAAAAACACGAAAAGUGUUAAAAUCUGUUACAAAAAUCUUCUUUUUAUAACUUUCACGUACUUAAUGUUUAAAAAAAAAUAGACGUCCUUAAAUAUAUAUCGUAUUAUUAUAUUAUUUGACAUGAAUAUACAUGACUAUUUUGAAUUUUCACACUUUAUAUAUACUAUAAUAGCACCAUAGUGUAGUCACUUCAAAUGCACUUUUAACUUUUCGCACUUUUUAUUACUUCAUAAUUAUUGCACAUUUUUAUAUAUUGAUUCAAUAUUCUAUUUAAAAUAAUAUUCAAUAUUAUGAUGUUUAUUACUAUAUGGGCACACUCAUUUUAGCGUGCGAUAAGUAUUAUAAAAAAUAUAAUAAUAUUGUUACAUAAUCACUUUAUCAUUAACAACUUGAAAAAAAUGUUUUCUUUAUAACUAGACAUAUUAUUAUUGCCAUUAUACGAUCUAGCUGAAUGUUUUUGAACACCUUCCAACACUUCUCCAUUAAUCAUUAUAAUAUAUUACAAUAUCUAUUGUUCAUCUCGUAAAACUUUCUCUUUUAUCGACACUUCACCCUCUUGCCUUACACUUUGGCGCCCUUCAGUAGACCAUUCACGUUUUCCAAGUCAUUCAUCAAAUCUUGAGUACCUAUAAAGCACUAAUCGCAAAGAACUUUACGGUCGUUUUUUCCCUACAGCGUGCGUCUACGAUACAAUAUUAUUUUAUUCAACGAACUUGAAUGAAGACAUAUUCUUGGAACCUAACAUCCGCAUCUCUAAAGUCACUGAACCACCGUCUGUUGUGUUAAGUAGUUAACGUUUUUUUAAAAAUAAAUUUAUCUAAUUGAACUGCAAGUUAUAGGCAGCUGUAUUUUUGUCCACAUUUUGUCGUCGAUCAUACACCCACAUUGUAUAAUUAUAAUCUCAGCUACAACUUAAUGUAGUUCAGCACUUAAAAAUAAAAUAAGUGGCCGGAGGAGUUUAGGGAGACAAUAUGGGCUCAAAAUUAACUCACUUAAACGUUUCAACUCAGCUAUUGUUCGAUUUGAUACCAGACGAUAUACGAGCGGAAAAAUAAAGUUUUUUCUCAAAUACCAUUCAGAGUCAAAAACCAUCCACUUAAUCCAUACUACAACAUUAUGAAAUACUUUUAUUUUGUACGUAAAUUUCAAUAAAUCUAAUGGUUCACCUGAUUUAAGAAAUGUAAAGCCGUAUAGGUAAUAUCAUAUAAUUAUAGGCACCAGUUAUACUUACAACUUUGAACUUGCAGUAUUUAAUGUGUUAUCGUUUCCACUGAUUUCAGUGUACUAUUAUUUUCCUUUAAUAAUAAUAUUAUUAUAAUAUAUUUUGAUUUUAUGUUAUUUAUUUAAAAUGUAUUAUGCCUAAAUUAUAACCGUUAUAUUAUUAUAUUUGAGCCGAUAUCGAUUUUUUUGUGUGGAGUGUCAGCGCGCAUCGUUUGCGUAAUUACAUAAUAUAUUUAUAUAUUAUUAUCUACGUUGUAUUUUAUUCAUAUUUAUAGUAUAAUAUUCGGAAAUAUAAAUUAUAAUAAUAUAUAGUAGACAUUAAAUAGGCAUUUAGUAAAAAAAAAGUGUAUAAAUGCUAAAAUAAAACUUUGUUUCUCCGGCCUCGAAAUAAAACAUAAAUACUGUAGAAAUAUGAUAUUUACAAUGAUCAAAAUCGAUCACACAAUAAUAACAUUAUGAACUACCUAAUUCAUUAUUAUAGAAAUAUUUAUAUUAGGUACCAACUUUAUAUUUUUCAACAACUGCCCUUCUAAACCACCAGUCAAUUGAAACGGAAAAUAAACUUUUAAUCGCCCGUGUGUUGUACUAAUAAUUUUAUCAGAAUGAUGUUUAUGACAUUUAACAGAUAUAAUAUAAUAAUAUAAUUACAAUAUAAUAUCCUGUAUUAUUUAUUAUAUUAUUAGUAUUAUAUAUAUUGUAAUUACAUAAGACAUUAUCCCGUUUUCUAGUGUCCGGCAUAAUCACGACGUGUUUAAGAAAAUACAAUAAUAAUAUUAUUCACAACAAUAUAAUUAUGAUUUAUUUUAAUAAUAACAUAGCAAUCUUAAUAACGAGUCAACGUGAACUAAUAAAUAUGUCGUAAUUCGAGUAGUAUUACUAAAUAAUGUUUUUUUUUUUUUAAAAAAAAUACUACUACUUACUUAUUAGAUAUUUUGAUGUUAUGUACACUAUUUUAUUUUUGUUUUAUAGUCGUUAUAAAAUAUUAUUAUUAAAUAAAUAUUUAUAUAUAUAAACGUACAAUAUAAACACAGCACGACUCGUGCUUAUAUAUUAUACAUUAUUAUUAUUAUUAUAGCUAGUCAUAUUCUAUUAUAUACAUACUUACUGUUAAAAUUUAAAAAAAACGUAAUGUGUUAAAUAUUAUUAAUAAUUAUUUUAUUGUUGAUCAUGUUACCUAUAUAUAUUAUAUUAUAUUACACGAUAUUAUAAUAUAUUAUUAAACCUAUAUAUUAUAUAAUACUCCCCCAUAUCUAAUAUAUUACCGUUUUUAUUGAUAGCGGGUCGAUGGCUUAGUUGAUAGUGCACACUAUGCACACUUUAUCAUUUUGUUAGCUUUUUCAAUAAUUUAAUUGUUUUUUAAUCGCAUUAAAUAAAAUAUUAAAAUCUCUGUAUUUUGUGAUACAGGUUUAUUUAUACUUUAAAAUUGUAAUUAAUUCCAUAAAAAAAAUAUAUAUAUAUAUAUUAUAUUUUCUAAUAGCAAUAAAACAUCGUUCGAUGUUCCUGAAUGAUUUUAUACUUUAAUUAAUAUUAAUUGAUUUGUAAUAAUAUGCCUGCUCUAAGUCAUCGAUAUAGACUAUUGUAGUGUGUAAUUUUUCCAAGUGUCUUUAACACCGAUAAAAUGUUUGUUAAUUUUUUUUCUGAUCUCUUAUUGCUAUUAUACAAUAAGAUGGCAAUAAUUUUGAAUAUUACCACUAUACCUAUACAGCAUGCGUUUAAGUUACUAUUAUUAUUAUUAUUAUUAUUAUGUUUGUAAAUGUAUCAAUGGCUAUUCGAGUAAAGUGGUUAUUCCAAUCACUGUACUCGAACUCAUAGCCAAUAACAUUCAUAUCCAACGGUUUUUUUUCUUUUGUCAUGUUAAAUACAAUAUAUUAUAUGUUACCCGCCUAAGAAUAAAAUAUUAUUACCAGAGCAUAUUCGUUGAUAUAUACAUAAAUAAAUGUAGGGUCUUGGUUUAAGCCUGAUGAAUAUUUAAUACCAGUUUGUUGAUUUGUUUUAAAACUGUUUCAUGUAGAAAAAGUAUAUAUAUAAUUAAUAUAAAAUAUAACCUAAUAUAUAAUACAAUAUUA